CCCCCCAGCUGCGCAGAGUCAUAGUCUACUGCAAAAGUCAGCUUCAUCAGCCAGCCCGCCCUCCCUCCGUCCCUCACUAGACGCCUCGGCUUCUCUUUUCACGAGACUCCGACGGCAUUUCAUUAUUCGGAGGCACGCUGCGCUCUUCUGCUGCUGCUACCGCUGCACAACACGACUACCAGACGCCUGAUCCCGAUUGCCUGGCAAGGUUGUCCUCGCACGCCGAUCGUACCCUUCGCCGCCAUUGGUGAAGCACACGCUGCCGAAACCGGCGAAUUGCCAGCUUGAGAAAAACGUCAGAAGGGCUAGAUACAACCUACUACAUACCCUAGGCGACAAUUCGGAAUCCUCGGCACACAUCACAUUCGUACCAAUCUGACUGACUGCGACACCACGGUCAAGGAGACGUAAUCGCGAGACGUGCAUUCCUCGGCGAGCUCACCAUAGCAUCGCGUCGGCCCUACCUACUGCGCGUUGCCCAUUAGGUUUGUCCCCAGUGUCGGUGACAGACAGACGACAGCCUUAGCCAAGCGCAGACACAACCUUAUCCGGCCUCCGCCAGGCUCCAGCAUGGACACAAUCAAGCGUGCUUUCAAGGCCGAGCCCGCCAACCAGCAUGGCUACGUACAGGGCAGCAUGGCACCAAGGCAGGCGCCCGCCCAGGAUAAGCACGAUCACACCCUCAAAGACGUCAAAGACAUGCAGCUGGGCCAACAGGAUCAACAACCGCGCGACGAUCUGAAUCCGGAUGCGCAGCAAGAGUUGGCACAGCUACGCAACACGCUACAGAACAGUGGUAACAUCCAGUCGUCGCGCAUGCAACAUCAUGCGUUUGAGCCGCUCUCCCUCCCGGGCUCGCAGCCAGUAUCACGAGUGCCCUCCACCUCAGCAGCAUCCACCAGGAAGUUUAUGACCUCUGGCGGAACAUCAGUUGAGGCUUCACCCAGACCCUCUCCACCAUCAUCCGCAGUGCAUUCACCUCCCCUCACCCCGGCCGCCACUCGCUCGCGAGAUGGCGGCAAGGCCUCCACCAGUGCGCCUGCGGUGCGGCCGCCGCAGGACAUCAUGACACCUCAGCGGUCCACUUCACCCGUGCGGAACGAGGCCUCAGCCAUGCCCGUAUCCAGUCAUCCCAAGCAGCAACCGUCUCACUCGGUCGGACCCUCAUCAGAUUCACAGCCUCCAUCCGGUGAUGUCUCGCUCAGUGGUACUCCUAGCAGCACUGCUCCAGGAACCCCUCGACCUUUCACUCCUGCUGAAGCCAAGCCGCAAGGCUUACGGCAAUCACAGUUGAUGUCCUCGGAAACGGGGCAGUCGAAACGGAACAGCUUCAGAUUUGGCGACCGCGAUCCAGCUAUUGGCUUUGCAAACUCGGGCACUGCUCCGUCUUUGCCCGCCGUUCCCGGCGCUGCAAACCCCAUGCCUGGAUCACGGUCUUCGUCCCAGACAGAUCUACAACAGGCGAGGCAUGCAGUGGCCGACGAUAACAACAACAACAAUAACAACACCACCAACAAGCGAUCGAGCUUCUUUGGAGGCAAGAAGGACCAUAGCAACGACAGCUCGUCCACGGUGGGGGAGAAAGGACACUCACAUUCCAGCUCCAAGUCCAACCUCAAGCGGUUCUUCAAGUUUGGUGGGAAGGAUAAGCAUGAGAAAGAAGAGAAGGAGUCGCACAGGUGGAGCGGACUUGCGAAGGAUGGCACAAAGACACCGACACGGACACAUAGCGUCGCCGGAGACGUGCCCAGCGUACCGUUUGCAGACGAUCACGGGAUACAGUCGAGAUAUGGCAAGUUUGGAAAGAUGCUGGGAUCCGGCGCUGGCGGCUCGGUGCGCUUGAUGAAAAGGAGCGGCGAUGGUACUGUCUUCGCCGUGAAGCAGUUCCGAGAUCGUCAUGCGUACGAGAGCGAGCGGGAGUACAACAAGAAAGUGACAGCCGAGUUCUGUAUUGGUUCGACGUUACAUCACGGUAAUAUCAUCGAAACGAUCGAUAUUGUGCAGGAGAAGGGCAAAUGGUACGAGGUGAUGGAAUAUGCGCCAUUCGAUCUGUUUGCUACCGUUAUGACGGGCAAGAUGGGCCGAGAAGAGGUGACGUGUGCCACAUUGCAGAUUCUGAGCGGCGUCUUGUAUCUGCACAGUAUGGGUCUUGCACAUCGAGAUCUGAAGCUGGACAACGUGGUGAUUAACGAGCAUGGCAUCAUGAAAUUGAUCGAUUUUGGCAGCGCAGUGGUGUUCCGGUACCCAUUCGAGGAGAAUGUCGUUUUAGCUACAGGUGUGGUGGGCUCUGACCCGUACCUCGCACCCGAAGUGUAUGAUCACUCGCGCUACGAUCCGCGUCCCGCCGAUAUCUGGUCAAUAGCAAUCAUAUUCUGUUGUAUGACACUGCGGAGAUUUCCGUGGAAAGCACCAAGGCUGUCGGACAACAGUUACCGGCUCUUCGUGUCACCUCCGGAUCCCGAGCAGGACAAGCUACUCGACAUGCAUCGAAAAUCGAUGACUUCAAAAGCUGCCACUGCACCACCUUCGCGGAAUCCCAGUGUGGGCGGACAUGAGGAUGAGACGAGCAAUGAGCACAAGCACAGCCAUCAGCAACCAGGGCACGGAAGCACGGAGAAUCAUACGUCGGCCAGCAGAACGACGACGGCGAGUGAGUCCAAGGACCAGCCGACGAUCAAGGGACCCAUCCGGCUGCUGCGAUUACUCCCGCGGGAGACGAGACACGUGAUUGGGCGGAUGUUGGAGCUGAAUCCGGCGAAGCGGGCGACCAUGGAAGAGAUUCUGGCGGACCCGUGGGUGCAGAAUGCGUUGGUCUGUCGACAAGAAGAGAAUGGGGUGAUUGUGAAGGCGCCCAGUCACACGCAUACAUUGCAGCCGAGCAAUGCGAGCGGGUAGAUGGCCGAGAGUGUUUUUGACUUGGAAGAAGGAGAAGAGGAGAGGAGAGGAGAGGAGAGGAGAGGAGAGGAGAGGAGAAGCAUAGGCAUGGAUUGAUAUGAGAUAAUGACCAAGACCUUUUUGAUGACCGUUCUUGCAGCUAUUCAUGCCUGACGGGAAUGAGUGGAAACACAGUGAAAGGCGGCAGGCGGCAGGCGGCAGGCGUGGCGUGGCGUGGCGUUUUCUAGGGCUGCUGGGGCUGGACAGCUUGAUAUGGUGGCAGCAGAGAUUUGUGAAUUGCGAAAGCAGCAGCAGCUAUGUAGCUAGCUCAUACAUCCGCCUUUUAUUGGAAGCCAUCUGAGCGUGGUGUGUGUGG